AUGAAGUCGUCUAUUCUCGCAACUUGCAAACAGACUCGUUUCAAUCUGCUUGAUGAUAGGCCGACCCAGGAGAUUGACGUAGAGGGCCUCACUAUCGCCGUCUAUUCGUCACGGGAUACUCCGGAGGGCACCUCGAAGUCAACGCUCAAAGGAAAAUCCAAGAGCAAGCCGGAUACAAGAGAGCUUAUCUCAGAUGCCCAUCUGCGGUUGAAGGCAGGCGUACACUAUGGGCUGAUAGGUCGAAAUGGGACUGGAAAGUCGACGCUCCUACGAGCUAUGGCGGACAAACUCGUCCCUGGCAUCCCGCAUUCGACACGUAUAGCUAUCUUGCAACAGACAGAGACCUCGUCAGAAGAGGACCGCAAGGACUUUGCCGCCGAGGAAGCGGCAAACAAAAACAAGACAGUCCUUCAAUAUGUUUUGAGCAGUGAUCAUUCCCGGAAUGAGUUGGUCCAUAAGAUGAACUUCCUGUCUGAAAGCUUCGAGACGGAUGAUCCAUUGCAACCGGUCAGCGCCAUUCGCAGAAUCCGUCAUGACAAGGCUGAAAAGGAGCUGUUCCUCGCUCAGAAAAAUGCGAGCUUGAAGAGUGGAGCCAGAGGUUUACAGGCGCGGAAGGACAUGAAAGCUGCCGAGAACAAGUUCCAAGCUUCACUAGAAAUACUGAACCAGGAGAAAGAAUCAAUCGAUGCCGAUGUUAUCAAAGAAGAUACGCAGGCUGCGGCGCAUGCAUUGCAAGACCUUCAAGCUCAGUUUGAGACUAUGAAACUAGUCGACAUUGAGCAACAGGCGCGUCAAAUUUUGAUUGGUUUAGGCUUUCAAGAGACCACGUUCGAUAAACCGUUCCUGACAUUAUCCGGAGGCUGGCGUAUGCGAUGCAUGCUGGCAAGUGUCCUUAUCCAAAGCCCAGAUUUCAUGAUCCUCGAUGAACCGACGAAUUUCUUGGAUUUGCUAGGAGUAGUUUGGCUUGAGAACUAUCUUCGGCAGCUGAAGGACUCAUCACAAACCACUAUAGUCUUGGUUUCCCACGAUAGGGACUUCGUAAAUGCCGUCUGCGAAGAGAUUGUCAUUCUAAGAGACCAGAAGCUCACGUACUUCAAAGGUAAUUUGUCGGCCUACGAGAGAGAUUUCGAAGAGCAAAAGUUGUACUGGGGUCGCAUGAAGGAGGCACAGGAGCGCCAAAUUGCUCACAUGGAAGCAACUAUCCGUGAAACAACCAAGACUGGGAAGAAAACAAACGAUGAUAACAAGUUACGUAUGGCUAAGUCGCGGCAGAAGAAGCUGGAUGACAGGAUGGGCGUCCAAGUGAGUGCGACUGGAGGGCGGUUCAAACUGAAUCGAGACCGAGUUGGAUGGCAUUCGAGUUCUCGAGAAGAGAUCGAGGUUCCAACCGACGAAAAGGGUGCUUCGAUAAUUCUCCCUGACGCCACAGAACUGCGGUAUCCAGGUCCGCUUAUUUCUGCAGAAGGGAUUGUAUUCAAGUAUCAGCCGAAUGGAGCUCCAAUAUUGGAUGGAGUGGACCUUGUCAUGCACAUGGGGGAUCGAGUUGGCCUCAUGGGUCUUAAUGGAUGCGGAAAGUCCACAUUAAUCCGGGUCCUUGUUGGAGAUGCAUUGCCAACCAAGGGAAAGAUAUCAACACAUUCGCGACUGAAACUCGGUUACUAUUCCCAGCACUCAAUAGAGGACCUGCAAGAACAGGGUCAAGCUGACCCCAGCUUAACCGCAUUAGGCUUUAUGUCUAAAGAAACUGAUGGGAUAAUUGGUGAAGGUCAGUUGAGGGGUUUGCUAUCAAGCUUGGGUCUUCAGGGCCGAAUCGCCUCCGACGUGCCUGUGUCUCGACUAUCGGGCGGUCAACUUGUCCGCUUGGCAUUGGCGAAAGUCAUUUGGAAUUCUCCGCAUUUGCUCGUCUUGGACGAAAUCACUACCCAUUUGGAUUUCCAUACUGUUACGGCCCUCGCGUCAGCACUAUCUUCUUUCAACGGGGCAAUUAUCUUAGUAUCGCAUGAUCGGUUUCUGGCCCGUUCGGUCAUCGAAGGUAAACGUGACGAGGAACAUCAACUGGACGAUGACUUCGAGGGUGUUGACGAAGAGACGGACGAGAGUCAGAGUCGCAGACGAGCUGUGUAUGUCCUGAAGGGCGGGAAGCUCAAGGAACAGAGCAAAGGGGUAGAGCAGUUUGAACAGAGUCUGGUGAAGCGGGUGCAGAAGAUGCUUCCGGCGCAGGGGUAA